UAUGUACAAAUUGACCAUCUUCCUUCUUGUUACCCUUCUUGGGCUCACCGUCGGUCAAUGGGGUCCAGGAUUCGGUGGGCCUGGAUUUGGAGGACCUGGAUCUGGAGGACCGGGACCACGUGGCCCAGGAGAAUGGAAUAAUGGCGGUGGACGUGGUGGAUUUGGAGGAAAUAACGGAUGGAACAAUGGUGGUGGUGGUUUCAAUGGAAAUGGUGGAUUUAAUGGAGGUGGUCGUGGAGGCGGACGAGGUGGAAACGGUGGAUUUGGAGACAACGGAGGUCUGCGUGGAGGAAAUGGGGGAGGUCGCGGUGGUAACGGAGGAUUUGAUGACAACGGAGGUGGACGUGGAGGAAAUGGAGGAGGUCGCGGUGGUACAGGAGGAUUUGGUGACAACGGAGGCGGCCGUGGAGGAAAUGGAGGAGGUCGCGGUGGAAACGGAGGAGGAAACAAUGGAGGAGGCCGUGGUGGAAAUGGAGGAGGACGUCCACAAAUUUCUGCCGGCGAACGUAUUACCCAUAAUGUUCUUGGAGCUCUUCUUGGAUAACUUUGUUUUUUAUAAUCAGCAUUUGAUUUUAAUAAAUAAUAAAA